ACGGAAGACGACCGACAACACCACACGACCGCAACCAUGGCUACCGAGCUCACUGUCCAGUCCGAGCGCGCUUACCAGAAGCAGCCUCACAUCUUCCUCAACCACAAGGUCGGCGGACCCCGCAAGAACACCCGCAACAGGAGAUGGUACAAGGACGUCGGUCUGGGUUUCCGUACCCCCAAGAACGCCAUUGAGGGUACCUACAUCGACAAGAAGUGCCCGUUCACCGGCAUGGUUUCCAUCCGUGGCCGUAUCCUCACCGGUACCGUCAUGUCCACCAAGAUGCACCGCACCUUGAUCAUCCGCCGUGAAUACCUCCACUUCAUCCCCAAGUACUCCCGUUACGAGAAGCGCCACAAGAAUCUCGCUGCGCACGUCUCGCCCGCUUUCCGUGUCGAGCCCGGUGACCAGGUCGUCGUCGGUCAGUGCAGGCCCCUCUCCAAGACUGUCCGCUUCAACGUCCUCCGUGUCCUCCCCCGAAGCGGAAAGGCCGCCAAGCAGUUCUCCAAGUUCUAAGCGCAUGGGAUGGAGUAACGGUUUCAUGAUGAGGAAAGCAGAAGAGCGUGACCGGGACGGAGUGUGAAUGGGUUUCAAUACGGACAAAACUCUGCAUCUGGGUUGAGGAAUUCGGAGUCCCAAUGGGUCAUGUAUGUUUUCCAGCUAUGAUCAAUGAAAGCCCUCGGGAGGUCAAAAAGCCGCCGAGGCAGGUCAAAAAGUCAA